AGAUGUCUUAGCUGCAAGGAAAGAUCCACGUGGAUUAUUGGGAGAUGUUUUGAUAAAUGGAAAACCUCGACCUGCUAAUUUCAAAUGUACUUCUGGUUAUGUCCCACAAAAUGACAUGGUGAUGCACACAAUGACCGUGAGAGAGAAUGUAGAGUUCUCAGCAGCUCUUCGACUUCCAAUGUCUAUAACGAGAGAUGAAAAAAGAAGACGAAUUAAUGAGGUCCUUGAACUUCUGCAUCUGGAUGAGGAGUCAAAUGUCAAGCCUAGAUCAAAGGAGCUCAGGAAGAGGACCAGUAUAGCAAUGGAGCUCAUCACCGGGCAUCCUGUUUUGUUCCUGGAAGACCCCACCACUGACUUAGACUUGAGCACUACUACUGAUGUCUUCUCGGUCCUGAGAAGGAUGUCUAAGAGGGGACAGACAAUUAUCUUCUCCAUUACUCAGCCUCCGUAUUCCAUCUUCAGAUUUUUUGAUACCCUCACAUUAGUGGCCUCAGGAAAAGUCAUGUUUCAUGGCCCUGCACAGAAGGCUUUGGAGUACUUCACAUCUGCAGGUUACAACUAUGAUUCUCUCAAUAACCCUGUAGACUUCUUCCUGGACAUCAUUAGUGGAGGCUCCUCUGCUAUAUUAGACACAGAGGAAGACUGCUAUGAAG